AUGGAAUCCUCGUCGGCUGCCGCAGUAUCACCGCAUGAACUAGAGCGUGCGCGUGAACUGAUUGUCAGUUCCAAACAAGACAUUAUUUUCACAGAGACCGCUUAUGUGAACAAUCUCUCCGAGAGUGUGCACUACGCAACCGCACAAAACUCCACGGAGACGCCUAUUUAUGCUUUCAUAAACACCAUACUCGUCUUCUCCAGCCUGGUUCGAUCACAGCCCACGUCCCGUGCAGUAGAAUUUACUACUCUGGCAGUAUGUCCUCAACUUGCCCUUCAAACGCUCAACUUGUCGGUGAAGCUUGCACCAUCCACAUGGGCGAGAAUCAGCAAAAAAGGGGACACAUGCAUUCCAGACUUUAGUCGCCUUCGACUCAGGAUUCUCGACUCUGCCAGGAGCCUGAUCCCAGAUGAACAUCGUGAAUCACCAGCCGCUGUGUCCCAUCACUAUUUCCACCCUCUUGAUAUCAUAGACAUAUGGGAGAUCAAGGCUCUGAUAAUCCCAUGGAAAUACCGUCGCUCCACGCUGGAUUUCAAGCCAGACGGGCUCUGGGAAACCGAAGAGAUGGGCACGAUCGCAUGGCACAAAUUAGUGACAUCCUACCAGCAACUAUGUGAGCAGGCCGAAGUCGUCCUCCAUGGAAAUCCGGACAUGGACAGUGUCCAUGGGUUUUUGAUAUGUGGGAUAUACUUUUCCCACUUCAUUUUCGACCGCUCAAACGUCGGCGCACCUUGGACAAAAGUCACCCCAAUCGAGCGCGACGAGAACAUCAGCGCGGAUCAGUACGAAGUCGACGUGGCAGCCGCCGCGAUCAAAGCCAUAGAUGACUAUUCCUUUCCACAAGUAGUUGUGCUAAACCAGUUGAUUACUUCCCGUGUCAUGCAAGAUGAUCGGGCUUACGGCGAGUCCGGUAGUACUGGCUGCUCGGAGGGCCCGGAACUCAAGUAUACACUUUCUCCCAUAUUCAAACGGUCUAUCAAUCGCACCUCUGGGCAUGUCGGGCAAGCUCAGCCAAGCUGGCUCGACCAUCUAGUAUCGGAUUCGUUUGAGAUACUGAUGAUUCAAUGA